GAAGGGUAUUCUGUCCUACAUACCCGCACCUCUUAUAUUUACCGGACGAAAUUGAUCACCUUUCUUUCACAGCCCUUCAUACCCAGAGAAAAGGCAGAACCAAGGUGGUUGUUAAGCUGUCAAUCUUAUCAAUCAAUCAACCAGAAAGCAAUCAUCAAUCAAUUUUUGAAAGAGUUAAAAAGGGAAUCAUUAACACCAUGUCAUCCUCUUCUACACUUUCAUUGGACCACUUCCCUCCCUCCGAGCAGCUCUGUUAUGUCCAUUGCAACAUUUGCGACACUAUUCUCGCGGUGAGUGUUCCUUGCACCACUCUAUUUAAGACUGUUACUGUUCGAUGCGGUCACUGCACCAACCUCCUCCCAGUGAACAUGCGUGGGUUGAUUUUGCCGUCUGCUAAUCAGUUCCACUUGGGUCACAGUUUCUUCUCUCCUUCUCACAAUCUUCUGGAUGAGAUUCCGAACCCAUCUUCAAACUUCUUGAUCAAUCAAACCAAUGUGAAUGAUUUUAGCGUUCCAGCUCGAGGUGUAACUCAUGAUGAGCUUCCAAGGCCACCAGUUAUCAACAGACCCCCGGAGAAGAGACAGAGAGUCCCCUCAGCGUACAAUCGCUUCAUCAAGGACGAGAUCCAACGCAUCAAGGCUGGAAAUCCUGAUAUAAGCCACAGAGAAGCCUUUAGUGCAGCUGCUAAGAAUUGGGCCCACUUUCCCCACAUCCACUUUGGUCUCAUGCCAGAUCAGACUGUGAAGAAGACUAACGUGCGCCAACAGGAAGGAGAAGAUGUUCUGAUGAAGGAUGGAUUCUUUGCUUCAGCUAAUGUUGGUGUCUCUCCAUACUAAUUAAGAAGCAGUUGAGCUGUUAGUUUUCUUUAAUCUAUUUCUCUCUCUCUCUCUCUCUCUCUCUCUGCCAUGUACUUAAUUCUGCGCUUAGUAGGGGCAGAAAGAUUUGAAGCUGAAUUAAAGAUGUCAAGUUUAACAA